GCGCCGAAUUUGUUUUGUUUGUGCAUGUGUUUGUUGUUGCUGGACAAGGGCGCAUUUUUUGAGCCAAUUUGUUUAAACUAACAACUAAUAGAAUGCUCUAGCCAAUCGGAGCGGAUGCAAUAUAACACUAUUAGAGCAUGGCAACAGCAAGUGGCAGUAGCGAAAUUGUUAUACUCACAGAAGUGGUGCGUGAACAAUAUGUACGCUAUUUGGAGCGCCAGCUACAGGAGAACGUGUGCGUUUGGGCAGGAGCUUCCAGGAAUCAUCAUAAGCCCACAGCCUGGGCAUGCAUUGCGCACAGCGUCAAGGCAUUGGAGACACAUGCAAUUAAAGCCUGCCAGGCGGCACAACUGUAUCAGCGUGCCAUGGUCAAGAUGAUCGCCGCGGUGCGGCGCAACACACAGGAAUGUCGCCUAGCGGAUGCCCUUUUCAACCAAAUGCAAAUGCAGCAGCAGCAAAUCGUCGAGGAUACCGUGUCAGCGAACGCUCCAAAGGCGAAUCCCAGCAUCGCAUAUGCCCCAUCGUGCAAGCAGCUAGUCGAUAAGGCAACACAAACGACAAGCGUGCCGAAUGAUGAGCAGAACGACAAUUAUACAAGCUACACGCUGUCACAGAAAAUCGAUUUGUUUCAGUCACAGCUCGCAGAGCUGGAAUGCAAAGACCAGCCGCCAGCUAAAGUCAAUGGCAAUGAGCGGCCCGCAACACCCAUGUCCAGCACAGAAGAUGAAGUAGCGCAGGAGCUGGCCAAGCUAUUUGACGAUGAACCAACCGAUCUAAAUGCCAUAUUUGGUCUUGAGAUUGACACCACAGGGGCGACAGACCAGCUACAAAAGCCCCCUGCUGUAGCAGCUCAGCGGAAGGCCCUGCCAUCGCCUGCCACGCCGUCGACUGUGCCGUAUGACCAAAGCUUUACGGAUCUAAGAAACAGUCCCUGGCCCUGCGAAUUGUAUGCACAACGGCGCCGCCUCAACGCAUGCUUGGUGCGUCUGCUGGAUGCAGACUGGCGCUGCGAGGAUGCAUUAAGAUAUAAAUUCCAUAUGCUAUUUGGCGAGGACAGUGACGAUGAGUUUGCCACGCAUAUAACUAGUCCUAGCAUCGAUCUAGUCGAUGAAGUUCUGCUGGCCAGCUGCAUAUUGCGCAUACGUCCCUGGAUUGUGCGGCAUUUGAUGCGUCCACUGCAGGAAGGCCUUAUUGCCAAUCGUUUUCUCUUCAAAAAGGUAGCCAAGAUGCUUGCCAACAACAUUGUGCUGAUCAAUCCAUACGCCAGCGAACGGCAAGUUAGACAGGCCGUUGAGCACAUGUUUUGCAUCCAACCCAGAGGUGUUCAAAGCGCGCUUGAUCUGGAAUCGUUGCCGCCAGUGUUCGUCGAAAGAUUUGAAAGUUAGGCAGAACGUUAAAACCAUUUUCUAAAAUUAAAUUAUGCUCAAAAAUGGUUGUUUCAGACAAUUCUACGCAGGCAAAAUGUUUACUUUCAGUAUAACAUUCUUCCUAUUACAUGUACAAGUAAUUAGUGUUCCUAGUUGAAGGUAUUUUUGAUUGUUUGGAACUUAUGAUAAGCAAAAUAUGUUUCAACAUUAAAGCCAUUAAAUCUCACUAAUAUAGAGAUAAUUGAAAAACAUUGGCAGAUUAUUUAAAAGUACACUUAUUUCAACUGAAAAGUUCAUUUCAUUAGUGCUUUUUAGGUAAAAGAAAGAAGAAGAAAACGAAAGUCAAUUUGUAGAACCGUAAGGCCUAUAACCAAAGUUUUGCCAUGAUUAUUAGAAUUAAGAUAAAGACUUGAAAAUCAAAAUUGUUGAUUAUCAAUGGAACUUUUGAAAGCAGUUUGUAUGUA